UUAAAUGUAAAAUAUAUCGGAUUUCGUGAUAAAUCGAGGAGCCUGUUAUUCAUAACUAAUAACAAUAAUUAUUUGACAACAGUUAACGUACCUCGCUAUUAGCAAGGCUACAUGAGUAACCUACAAGAAGGCAUACGAUCGCAAACCAGGUGCUGUUAAGAUUUGAUAGCUGUAACUGACACGAACAGGCCAGAGAGAAAUCCACUUCUCCCCUACCCAACCGCCUGUUCCUGAACCUCUCUGAAACACAUCUCUCACCAUGAAUGAAGUUAAUAUAGUCAGAGAGGGCUGGCUUCACAAACGAGGUGAAUAUAUCAAAACAUGGAGGCCCAGGUAUUUCAUCCUGAAGAGUGACGGGUCUUUCAUCGGCUACAAGGAGAAACCUGACCAGCCUUCAUCACCACUCAACAACUUCUCAGUAGCAGAGUGUCAGUUAAUGAAGACUGAAAGACCCCGGCCCAACACAUUUGUCAUUCGUUGCCUACAGUGGACCACUGUUAUUGAACGCACCUUUCACGUGGACAGCAAUGAGGAGAGAGAGGAAUGGAUGCGGGCUAUCCAGUCGGUGGCAAACGGUCUUAAAAUGAGGGAACAGGAGGAGGAGGAACCAAUGGAUAUGUUUGGCUCACCCAACGAAAGCAGCCUGGAGGAGAUGGAGGUGUACAUGUCCAAGAAUCGCUCCAAAGUGACAAUGAGUGACUUUGAGUACCUAAAGCUUCUUGGGAAGGGGACAUUCGGGAAGGUGAUUCUGGUCAAAGAGAGGUCCACCGGAGUUCAUUAUGCCAUGAAAAUACUGCGCAAAGAAGUCAUUAUUGCCAAGGAUGAAGUGGCCCAUACAGUUACAGAGAGCAGAGUGUUACAAAACACACGACACCCCUUCCUCACGACACUGAAGUAUGCUUUCCAAACUCAUGAUCGACUCUGUUUUGUAAUGGAAUACGCUAAUGGAGGCGAGCUUUUCUUCCACCUGUCACGGGAGCGAGUGUUCACAGAGGAUCGGGCACGCUUUUAUGGGGCUGAGAUUGUGUCAGCGCUCGAGUACCUCCAUUCAUGUGAUGUUGUUUACCGGGAUCUCAAGCUGGAGAAUCUGAUGCUGGAUAAAGACGGCCACAUCAAAAUCACAGAUUUUGGCCUUUGUAAGGAAGGCAUUACUCCUGACGCAACCAUGAAAACUUUCUGUGGUACUCCUGAAUAUCUGGCACCUGAGGUCCUAGAGGAUAAUGACUACGGCCGAGCGGUGGACUGGUGGGGUCUCGGUGUAGUCAUGUACGAGAUGAUGUGUGGCCGUCUGCCUUUCUACAACCAAGACCAUGAGCGUUUGUUUGAGCUCAUACUCAUGGAGGAGAUCCGCUUCCCCAGGAACCUGUCGCCUGAGGCCAAGUCCUUGCUGGCUGGCCUGCUCAAGAAGGACCCCAAACAGAGGUUGGGUGGAGGUCCCAACGAUGCCAAAGAAGUAAUGAGUCACACUUUUUUCACCACCAUCAACUGGCAUGAUGUGGUACAGAAGAAGCUCACCCCACUCUUCAGACCGCAAGUGACUUCAGAGACAGACACCCGGUACUUUGAUGAGGAGUUCACAGCACAGACUAUCACGCUCACUCCUCCAGACAAGUAUAACAGUCUGGACUGUGAGGAUCCCAGCCAACAAGCACAUUUCCCCCAGUUCUCCUAUUCUGCAAGCAUAAGAGAGUGAUAGCAUCUCUGCCAAACACACACACACACACACACACAAAGCCAGGAGACAUUAACACCUGAGCCACAUCCUUGCAGGUAUAAAAUUAGCUUAACCUCCAUCUUUAAUGAGGUUUUAGUCCAUUAGGCUCUAAGUGCCUCAGCUGGUGGACAUACUGUUCAAUUGAACCACACUACGGACAAAGCCUGGCCACACUGGCUAUACUGUAUCAAAGUGGAUUUCACAUAGUAAUCAGAACAACCCAACAACACAAUGCCUGUAGCACCUUUAAAUGGCCGAUUGUAAACCACCAAUCAUUUUAACACAUUCUUGUUAUGCUCUUUAUGGAAGCCAUACAGUUCCUCCAUGAUGUUUCCAAGUUCUCUUCUUCAGAACUAGCUCUUACCACCGGUGAUAGAUAGGUUUGUAUCUGAGGGAGGAACCAGCAGGCAAGUUUGUCGGGUGUUUUUCUCUUUGUUGUGUGAAUCUUUUGUUCCUCUUUGUUUUUGAGAAAAGGUCAUCAAAUCCAAACUGAAUCUCAUCAGUUUAGUCAGAGCAUGAGCUUUCGUGUGUCAAAAUACAAUGCUCGAUAUGCAUCAGGAACAACAGAUGAAUUGAUAACACAUAAUGAGCAGUGUCUCCACAGAGGAAGUCUUUGAGCUAAGCAUGAAUUGAUCUUUGUAAACUGUUUUGUAAUGAAAACAAAUCACUUGUUUAUUAGUUUGCUAUCAUCUCGGAAUGUGAUCUCUGUGAACAUAUAUAUCAAGUGUGAUGUGUCAAUUAAUGGGAAUUGGGUAUACGAGGUGUAUGUUAUUUUUAAAAUAAUAAUUUAAAUUGUUUUGAAAUUCCAACACAUUUUGUAUCUUUCUUGAUCAGCAAUAUACACACCAUACACAUGAUUUACGAGACUUAAUAAGCACUUAAUGAUUUGAAGCAGACCUCAUAUUUCUCAGAUGGACCAUGUUCAUAAUGUAGCAGAAAGCUUCCUGGGUUGGUGUCGGUGCUUAUUAUUUUUUAAACAUCUCAUGGAAAUCUGUCUGACAGAGUUUCACAAACAGAUACCAACUGUUCGAUUCCUAAUCCUGUUGACUUCUACUGUGGUCGGACACUGUAGCUUCUGAUUUACUUCAACCAUUGGCCAUAUUUAGACUUUCAAUUUCCCCAAACUACUUGCAAAGCUGCAUGCAGACAACAUUUCACAUCGGAAAACUUUGGCUUUUAUUUUGAUCACAUGAAGAAGAAAAAAAUGUUGAAACCCUCAACGGUAGGUAUUAAAGUAUUGUAUCUGUCCUCAGGUAUUGUAUUGGCACUAUGUCUGAAAGAAACGGCACUAAACAAAUAUGGUCACAGUGUGUUCAGUGGACAUGUUUAUAUUUGGAGUAUCAUCCUUUCUUAGCAUUCAAAGCUACCACUGUAAUAUUUCCAGUUAACUCAUACCUUGUUAUAACGUAUCUUUGGAGACUUUCUAUGACAGUAGUCUUUCCUCAGAUCAGCACCCACCAUGUGGUACUAAAUCUGUUUGAAUGUCCUUCUGGUUAAUGUGUAUCUGUCAUCUCUUUGUACACCACUGCUGCUUCUCACACUUGACUGAGCUCGAUAGCUAAGUCAUCCAGCGAGCUGUGUAUAUCAUGAAUAUUGACUGGGUUUUAUACUGUACAUGAAUAAGCACCCAACAUUGUAUUGGUGCUACACUGAAAGUCACUGGUAAUAAAUAGAGCUGGUGCAAACAACCUGUUUGCUGUGCUCACAGAGCUUCUAUUACAUCUGCUCUUUUAAAAUCAUUUCAUUUGUAUUUUUUUGGGAUAUUUUUCCUCAUCCUUCCAUGUACCCUAAACAUCCUUCACUGAUAGUCUGCAAUUAAGGAAAUUUACAAUGGUUGAAAGAAUUGUAUAUGGUUUCAAUUUAUUUUAAUUUUUCUUUGAAUGUAAAAAGAAAGACUGAUCCAAUAUACAUUUUUAACUGUCUAAAUAUA